UGUGCAUUCCUGAGACAGAUACACCAGAACCACCAUGAUGGGCAAGAUCAUCUUUUACGAGGAAAGGAACUUCCAGGGUCGCUCCUAUGAGUGCAUGAGCGACUGUGCUGACAUGAGCUCCGUCCUCAGCCGCUGCCACUCCUGCAGGGUGGAGAGCGGCUGCUUCAUGGUCUACGACCGUCCUAACUUUAUGGGUAACCAGUAUUUCAUGAGGAGGGGCGAGUACUCUGACUACAUGCGCAUGAUGGGCAUGAACGAUUGCAUCAGAUCUUGCCGCAUGAUCCCCAUGCACAGAGGACAAUUCAGAAUGAGGAUCUAUGAGAGGGAGAACUACGGUGGUCAGAUGAUGGAGCUGAUGGAUGACUGUGACUCCAUCAUGGACCGCUACCAUAUGUCUGACUGCCAGUCCUGCCAUGUUAUGGAUGGCCACUGGCUCAUGUAUGAGCAGCCCCACUUCAGAGGCAGAAUGAUGUACAUGAGGCCUGGCGAGUACAGAAGCUUCAGGGAGAUGGGAAUGAGCAACAUGAGGUUCCAGAGCAUGAGGCGCAUCAUGGAUUCCUGUAUGUAAAAGUUACAGAGAAUGUACUGUUAAAAGGUGAAUAAUGGAUCAUGGAUGCAUCAUGGAAUUAAGUAUCCAGUUGACCCUUCAAUAACAUCUGAUCGUCAAUAAAAUGUUUAAUCUCUUGUAAAA